AUGGAGUCUUCGGGUUUUUUACGCUGGGGUAAAGUUUUCGCUGCAGGAGGCAGUAUUAUAUUAACUGGUGUGCUUUUAUUCAAAUAUACAACACCAACCGAUGAGCAACUCCUUCAAGCAUUAUCACCGGAGUUGAGGCUACAGUAUGAGAGAGAGAGGAAUCUACGUCAAGCUGAGCAGCAAGAACUAAUGAAAGUUGUACAGCAAACCAUGAAGAGUAAAGAUCCUAUUUGGAAAACAGGAACGGUCGAUUCACCAUGGGAAAGAAAUGGAACUCAAGCCACUAAGGACCAGUUCCAAAGAUUGAAGGCAGAUCAAGUUCAGAAGGAAGAGUUGGAACGGAUCAGACAGGAAUUGGAUAAGAUUAGAAUGGAGAGUCUGGACCAAACAGAUAUGAUCGUUUCCAAAAAGAGCUGGUGGAGUCUGUGGUAA